AUGGAGAAAGCGGUGAUAACUGCCUUCGUGAACACUGUCAUGCCGCCGCUGUUUAAGGUGCUGUCAGGCAGUUGUAAGAUGGUCAUGAACGUGAUCGAUGAUAGCGACUCAAUGAGACGUAAACUAGUUCUGCUCGCAGCUUCCAUGGACGACGACCUCCGGCGGACGAAGAACCCCACGGCCGCCGCCAAGGUGUUCGGCGACCAGCUGCGCGAGCUGACGCACGACAUGGAGGACUGCAUUGAGCGCUUCCUCCACCGCGUGUCCUGCGCCGAGGGAGCGUCGCGGGCGCGCCGGCUGGGGCGCUUCCUGCUCACCAUCUGCACACGCUACCGGUUCGGGGACAAGAUCAAGGCGCUUAACAGGCGCCUCGAGGAGCUGACCAAUGAACGCCUGUGCCAGUUCGUCUACGACAAGCCCCCGCCGCCGCCGCCACUGGCGCCGGCGGCGGCACAACAACGCGAACAUGUUCAACUCAACCCCGUGGGCGUCGAGGGAGCCAAGGGGGACAUCCUCGCGAUGCUGGAGGAAAGUCCGGAGGAGCUGAGGGUUAUCGCCAUCGUGGGUUUUGGCGGCUCCGGCAAGACGACCCUCGCUAAGGCAGUGUUCCGCUCAACUGAUGAUGAUAGAAUCCGGGUGUUUCGUUCCUGCCGUGCAUGGGUUGAUCGAGCCAAGGAGAAAAAUGCGGGGGAGAUUUUCAGAUCAUUACUCCAGCAAUUUGGCUAUCGGGGUCAGGGAUUAUUGGUCGAUGACGAGCAAUAUCUCCAAGCCCAGCUCAUGGACUACCUCAGGGGUAGAAGAUACUUGAUUGUUAUUGAUGACAUUGGGAAUGGGCAAUGGAAUUCUAUAAAAUCAGCUUUCGAAGAAAAUAGUAGAAACAACGGAAGCAGGAUAAUAGUUACCACAACCAUUAAGUCGGAAGCGAAUACCUGCUGUGGCAAUGGCAAAGGUUUCAUAUACCAAAUGCAAAAUCUUGAAGAUCAAUACUGCAAGACAAUAGCUCUUGGGGAGGCACCUUCACCUGAGUUGCAGAUGGGCUCGGAAGAACUACUUAAGAAAUGUGAUGGCCAUCCACUUUCCCUUGUUUGUGUGGCCAAUUAUUUGGGAGGUUUAAAUGAGCCUACUGGGCAGCGCUGUCGCGAAUUGUGUCGCUACCUAGGUUCAAAAAUACAUGACAAUGGUAACUUUGAAAGACUCAAAGGCGUGAUCAUGGAUAAUUACACAAGUCUUUCAAACCACGUUGUCAGGGCCUGCUUGCUAUAUUUGAGCAUAUUUCCAAACGAUGUUCCGCUCGAGAAGAAAGUGAUAAUCAGGCGUUGGAUAGCUGAAGGAUUCGCAAGGAGCGAAGAUGUGGACAUUGAUGACCAGACUAUUGCACGUUGGAAUUUUGAGACGUUUGUAGACUGGGACAUCUUUCAUCCUAUCAUUGACACAAGCAAUAAUGGCGAUGUCAAGAUGUGCAAGACUCGCAGUAUCGUGCACGAGUAUAUGUUGUACAAGGCGUCGAGACUUGAGAGGUUCAUCAUGUCCUUUCCUGACUGGCGAAGGAAAGUUCGUCAUCUCUGUAUCGAUCAUAGGACACCUCACAAGCGCAGAACUACAACAGAUAUGGAUUUGUCAUGCGUCCGGUCUUUGACGAUCUUCGGGACGGCAGGUGACACCAUUUGCGAGUUUCACAGGUACAAGGUUUUGAGAGUCCUGGAUCUCGAAGAAUGCAAUGAUGUCAAGAACAAGCACCUGAAAAAUAUACACAAGUUAUGGAAUCUGUGUGAAACCAUGUGUGGUUAUAGUUCUUUUGUGAUGGGAAAUUGA